CAUCUAAUAAGGAUAUAAAUUGAGAAGGAGUGUAUUUUAUGUUUGAGAGAAUACAAUUUGAAUCGUUUACCUGAGUGGCGUAGGAAUUUGUGAAGCUAGUCAUUGCAGGUGUAACGGUUAAAGAAACUGAGCGCCAUUACUGAAUUUUUGAACUAUAUUGAUGAUAAAAUUAAUGGAUUAAGAGUAACUGUAGUUGUGUAUCAUUAUGGAUUUAAGAGUUGGAGUAUGGUUAUUCAAUUUGUUGGUGAUAUUAUUGUCGUUCAUAUGUUUAAUUACAGAUGUGAAAUCAGCUGAACUUGAUAUUAGACCCAGUACCAAUAUUCAGGCUGGAGCACCAACUAUAACCUUCAGAUGUCAACCUACUAUUGUUUCAGGAGUAACAUCUCUUUAUAGGUUAGAUAUAUCAAGACUGAGGGAAGGUGUCAGUACUGAACAGAUUUUAGGAACUAUUCAAGUUGGAAAACAACCAGAACUUGGACCUGGGUUAACAAGUCCAAAGUACACAGUGUCAGGCUCCUUAACCGCUAUUGAUACUGUCUCAACAUCCUUUCUACAGAUUAUUAUACAGGAUCCUAACUGUAAUGAUAAAGGAGAGUAUGUAUGUACAGUUACAGGAGGAAACAGUGGAGGUUCUUUGACCCCAAAAAAACAAACUAAUGUAACAGUUCAAGAGAAUCCAAGUUCUUUAGGAAUAAAUGUUGUUCCUUCAAAGUCAGAGUAUAAAUCAAAUGACUCUAUAUCGAUGACUUGUAAUGGAAAUGUUGGAAACCCUGCAAAAACAUGGCAAUGGCAAACUCGUAGAUUUCCUGCUAGUAUCCAGUGGAAUAGAUACACUGAUAGUUCUGAUAUUGUUACUGAUGAUGUCAGUCCACCAAUAGGAGGAAGUUGUUCUUAUAGACAACAGACAGUUUUAAACUAUAGAGUGAAGGCACAAGAUGAUGGACUGGAGAUACGAUGUAUAUUAGAUAAUACAGAAGAGUUUUCACAGAACUUUACAAUUAAUGUUUCUGGACAGAAUAAUGGUGGUGGUGAUGGUAAUCCAGAAGAAAAUAAAGGUGAUGAACCAUCUGAUGCUGGUAUGAUUGCUGGUAUUGUAAUAGCUGUAAUAGUGGUUAUUGUUAUUAUUGUUAUUGUGAUUGUGGUUGUAGUGAGGAGAAAGAAAACACCAGGAAAAGACUAUGAUACAGGAGAGAGUGGAAAAGGACCGGUACCAAGAGAACCAGACCAUGAUCCAAAAUAUAACAACAGAAAUAAUCCAUCUGAUGAUUAUCAUAAGAAUGUAGAAGGUCUUCAUUAUGCCGAUCUGGAACUGACACGCGCUGAAUACCGUAAAAAUCAUCCUGUACCUAAUAAUACAAGAAGAAGUUCAGAAGACUCUGUGACAGAAUACGCCUCUGUUCGUGUUGCUUAA